UUGUUUAAUAAAUUCAGCCCCUUUGGUAGAAAACAAACCCUAAGCAUUCUCUUCACACUCUUCUAGUUCUCUCCUAUCUUCAACGUUCGGCCCCUCCCCUCCGAUCAGACGACGCCGCCGACCGCCGCUCACCCUCUCUUGGACGACGCCGCCGACUGUCCCUCCGUGACACCAGCUUUGUUGACUCCUGACAUCUGCUGUUUACUCUAUACUUUGUGGUGCUAUUGGUCCAUUCUACAUCUAAGCGAUCCUCGGGUUUCUUAACUUGACUCGCAAUGGGAAAGAAGAAAUUUUUCGACAAGAAGAAAUCGGCAACUUUCCAAUUACUUGCUCGUGACUCAUCUGAUCCCAAUUACGAUGGAACUGCUGCCACCGACCGUGUUUUUGUUCGUGUUGACAACCACUCUUAUACUCUCCCUGCCUUUGAUGAUGGUCCUGUCGAUGCUUCCGGUUCUGCCUGCUACGAUGAAGAUCCUAACUCAAUAUUUGCCGAUGCUUCUGAGGAUUAUGAUGAGGAAGAGAAUGGGGGUUUUGGGUCAUCUAUGCAGUCUCGUGGGGAAGUUGGUGGAACAUCGUCGUUACCGGAAAAUGUUAGAAGAGAGAUUUUGGAGCUUGGGUUCCCUGAUGACGGUUACAAUUAUUUGCUGCAUCUUCGGGAGAUUAAGAAUACUGGUGGUGGUUCGACAUUUUAUCAGAACCCCAAAGCCAAGCUGAAUCAGGUUCCACGCGAUGAGAAGGCUUAUGACGCCUCCAGAAUGGUUGUUUCUAAAAUGAACGUUGAUGCCGAUGAGAACGUCUACAAAGUUGCAUCCAAGAUUGUUGGAAUCAGGGUUCAAAAUGUUGUUGACCCUGAAAUAGCUGCACUUCUUGAUGAUGAUGAUUUAUCGCGAUUUGGUUCUGAUGUUGAGGACUUAGAAGAGGACUUUGUUGUUCAGGCAAACUUGUGUGAAGAUGGGGAGGGUGACGCAACGAACAAUAAGUUUAGUGUGGUUGAGGAUGAUGAGAGAAAGGCUGGAAGCCUUUUAGUUAACAACAAAUCUUUUGGUGACCACAUUUUUGAGGAUGCAGAUAUGGAACAUUUGGAAGAAGCAGGCGAUGGCAGCGAUGUUGAUAAGCCACGAACUCGUCGACUUUUGGACGAUCAAUUCGACACUCUGUUGAGCCGGGACUAUGCAUCUAGCAACUGUGAUGACACCGAUUGUGACGAACCCUGUAUAGCUGAAGAGGACGAGUCCCUUGCCCAAAAGCUCAAUCAUGCCCUUGGCAACCAUAGUAAGGAUGAUUUGGAACUUGAGCAAGGAUAUAAGGCUCCUGCAGAUAUAUUGAGUGGUAAAGAAGGAGUAGAAGAUAAAGAGCUUUUGCAGUCUGCCAGUGAUGUAAUUCACCGGUGUAUGGAAUAUGCUGAGAAAUAUCAAAAUGAAGAUGAUGGCAUUGAAGAUGAAUUUGUAUUUGAGGAAAGCAGUGAUGAAUCUGAAGUUUGGGACUGUGAGACUAUCGUCUCUACAUGUUCUAAUCUCAAUAACCAUCCUGGGAAGAUCAUGGCUCCUGAAAUGACCAGAAGGAAGAAGUUGGCUGAAACUGUCGCUGGAGCUCUUAAUUCCAAUAAUCCUGUGAUAACUCUUCGGGGGAAAGAGAAGCUACCGGUGAACUUUUUACCUCAUGGUCGAAAAGUCGAGAAAGUGAAAGAUACUAGCAACUUGAGAACUGAACCUCAGAAGAGGAAGUCGCAUGGUCAGGAGUCCAAGGAAGAGAAGAAGGAGAGAAAGGCUGCUAUCAAAGAAGCACGUCGUGAAGCACGCCGCACAAAAAAAGAAAUGAAGGGCCUUUACAAGGAGGAAGCUCAUCGUGCUCAGAAAGUAGUUGCUUUUUCUGGUCCAGCAUCUAUUCAUCUUAUGUGAGAGCGUUUCGUGAUGCUUCAGAAUUGAACAAGUUUUUCAUUCGUAACAAGGAAUCAAAGUACUUGGAGAAGUUUGCAGAACAAUACUUGUAUAGAACGAAGUAGCCAAUGAUCCAUGGAGAAAGGAGAGGAAAAUGAGAAAAGAGACAAUGUGUUGAAAGAUUUCUUGAUAUCCACCACAUACCACCAACCUGCUCUCUGAUCUGAUAGAUAUGGUUAGUCUAAAGAAGACAGCGUCCGUAAACACAUCUUGUGACGAUGUGUGUUUGAACGAAACAUAUUUAUAAUUGAAGUUUGCUUCAACUUGCAUACUUCUUUUCAAACCAUGAACUUGUAUUUUUGUUCUCCUCUAGCAUUUAAGUUGAGACGACAGUUAUCUAAAUUAAUGGACAAUUUAAGGACUAAAAUAGCAUAUACAAACAAUAACAUUUUAUUUUAGCUAUAGAAAGCUUAUAUAUUUUAUAA